AUGGGAAGGCUCCAGUUCGUCAAGACUAGGACCGCGGAGGAGCCUUCCCCUGACCCUCCCUAUACCGUCGAGUACGGCCUCAAGAGUCAUUGCGGGGUGUGGUACGUGGCCAGUACAAGCCCUCGCUCCCACGAAUCUUUCCUGGAGACGGCCGCUCGUGCCUUGGAAGAGGCUGUGGAAGGGGAGCAUGCGAUAGGGCGGGAAGUGGAGGAGGACGAGGAAGACACCAUAUGCGAGGGUUACCCAUGCCGUCGGUCUUUUCAACUGGCCGUGCAUCUUCCCUGUAUCACCGAGCUCCACCGCCCGAAGGAGUCUGGGGACGAAAAGACGCAUGCCUACCAUUUUUACAUCGCCCUGGCCCCCGCUCAAAUAACCGAGGCCGAAGGGCAGAAAACCACUUGCUCUCUUACCCAAGCCGCCAGCGGUAGCUGUGGCAGUGGCAACAGCAGCGACGAUGGAAGCGUUGUCUCCACACCCACCAUCGAGACAACAGCGCUGGAGACGACACAUGACGCGACGGCCCUGUUGUGGAAAUCCCGUCGGGAAGUCAAGGUCUGUCGUCAUGAGGAGCAAGGAAAACAUGCCUUUCCCCUGGUAGAUCAGGCACGAAAUUUGUUGGAAACCGGGCUUCGCACUGGAGGAGGAAUAUUGGCGGGGCCCGGAUGGGAUGCCUUGCGCGAAUUUUUCCAGGAGGGAGCUACCGACAGGGACGAAGAGAUCGCUCAGCCGGCAGGGGUGAGCGAUCCACGGAGCAUAGCAACGGUCCAGUCUUUGUUGCAGAAAAUAUCGUUACUCGAACGACCCGAGGUACUACCGGUGACGUUGUUGAGCGGCUUCCUGGGGGCAGGCAAAACGACGCUUUUAAGGCAUGUGCUCAGCCAACAAGCGGGCUGGAAAGUCGCGGUGUUGGUCAACGAUAUGAACGAAUUGAACAUUGACGCCACCUUGAUCACCCAGGACCGCCGCCGGCGGGUGGAAGUCGUAGGCAAGCCGUUGAGCGAGGAACGGAUAGUGUCCCUCUCCAACGGUUGCAUUUGUUGCACACUCCGGGAGGAUUUGCUGGCGCAGAUUGUCGAUUUGGCCCUGACAACUACGUUUGACUACCUGAUGAUCGAGAGCAGCGGGAUCUCCGAGCCCAUGGCCGUGGCUGAGACGUUUACCUUCGAAGAUGAGCACGGCCGUUCCCUCUCGAGUCUGGCCCGUUUGGACACGACGGUGACGGUGGUGGAUGCCGCGGACCUACCACGACAUUUGCAGGCGUGGGAGAAAGCCAGCACGGAGGAAGGAGGAGACCAGGCUUGCGCCCUGGGGGGAACAGGGGAGGAGAAAAGUUUGGCCGAGCUGAUGGUGGAACAAAUCGAGUUUGCGGACGUGAUCGUCCUGAACAAGGUGGAUCUGCUGGCUUCGCCGGCGGCACUAGCAUCCAAUGGUGUGGGGGGCAACCCUUCCUUGCCCAGAGGCUCGUUCCUAUGGAGCCUCCCCGUCCUGAUUUCGGCCCUGCAAAAACUCAAUCCGCGGGCCAAGAUCGUAGUGGCAGAGCAUGGCCGCGUCGAUCCGGCCCAAGUCCUGCACACACAGGCCUUCUCGAUGGAGAAAGCGCAGGCCGCCCCUGGAUGGUUGCAGACGUUGCGGGGGACGAAAAUGCCGGAAACGGACGAAUUCGGAGUGACGAGCUUCUGUUACCGCCGUCGUCGGCCUUUUCACCCGGCCCGGCUCCAUGCCUUGCUGUUUGGGGAGGGAGGCGAGGAUGUAGGGAGGGAAGGAGGGAGGGAGGGCGGGACGGAAGGCGGGCAGGCGGGUCCGGCCGAAGGACCCCUUGGUUCCCUCAUCCGUGUCAAGGGUUACCUGUGGCUGGCCACACACAUGCAACAUAUGGUGUUCUGGUCCUUGGCGGGUAGCGUGCACAGUUUCACGGCGAACGAGGAGGAAAAAUGGUUGGCCGCCAUUGACCCGGUGGAAUGGCCCGAGACCCUGACGGCAGCCGAGCUCCGGGCGCAUUGGGAGCCCGUGUGGGGGGACCGACGGCAGGAAAUCGUCUUCAUUGGGGUUCACAUGGAGCAGGCGAAGGUGGAGGAGGCCUUGGACGCGUGUUUAUUGACGGAGGAGGAAAUGACGCGCAUGACUCCGGGGGACUGGGCGGAGGUCUUUGUGGACCCUUUUGUAAGGGAGGGCACGGACGGGCGUGACGACGAGAGCGAGCUUGGGAGCGAGGGUGAGGAUGAGCUGGGGGAUGAUUGA